UCACACCAUUAUUGGUGUUCUUGUUCUUUACCCUCCAUAAUCCUGUCCCGCUCACUCGCUCACUCGCUCACUACAUCUAUUUCCCUAUUAUUUUUUCCCUUUUCUUUUCCGUCUUAUUUGUUGAAAUCUUCACCCUAUCUCUGAUUCAUUAUGUUAUUUGUUUAUUUGAACGCUAACCCCUUUCUGAUUGCUCAUCUUUUUCUGCAGAUUUCUGGGUCACCAUUGAAUUCAUCGUAGGAGGAGAAGCGUUUAGGGCUUUUAUCUGUUUGAUCAAUGGCUGAACUGUUGGGGCCUCGUUUAUACAGCUGCUGUAAUUGUAGAAACCAUGUUGCGUUGCACGAUGAUAUUAUUUCUAAAGCUUUUCAGACACGGGCGUGCUUUUCUGUUCUCUCAUGCUAUGAACAUCACAGUGGGACCGAAGGAAGAUCGGCAUCUCAUGACGGGUCUCCACACUGUUGCUGAUGUGCAUUGUGUCGACUGUCGUGAGGUGCUCGGGUGGAAAUACGAGAGGGCGUAUGAGGCGUCGCAGAAGUAUAAAGAAGGGAAGUUCAUUCUUGAAAAGUCAAAAAUUGUUAGAGACAACUGGUAGCAUCCAGUGGUCGUAUUUUAUGCAUUGAUUUUUAUGUUUAUGUUAGUUUAUUGAUUCUUCGUGAUGUUAUCGUGUAUAUAAAGUUCUCAUCGAUCUUGUCGUUGUUCCCUGUUCCUUGUGUAUAUAUUAUAUUUCUGCAAGUUGUGAACUUAUCUGGAUAUCAUUGUAUCUUGAAUCCUCACCAUCUGUGUUAAUGAAAUUGUCUUGUCUUUUGGUUCUAUGGA